AUGAGCAAGACAUCUGAACAUCGCAAGCGUGUCUUUGAGGACAAUAGCUUGCGUACCCAAUCACCAAAUCGUCUCAAGAUUGCUGAAGAAGCACAGGGUCCUGAGAAGGAUAAGGAUGGCAGCAAGCAUUCAGGUCAACAGUGUACUUUCACUUCCCUAGUCUCUGGUGUGCAAUAUGAGCAGAUUCAACGGGUCAAGAGCGCCUCACCCAAUACACCUCCCAAGGAAAGAAUCGAUCCUGGUUUCCAGGACUACAGAACGCAGGUCACGAGGAGAGGGCUACAAGCACUGCAAGUCGAACUGGAGAGCGGUCGAAUGGAUUACACGAUAUGGACCAACGACCAUGACGAGCUGACUGAGCGUGGCUCGUUUUGGUCGUUGGAUACCAGACCAGAGGGUGCUAUUGGAGAGAUUGACUGCGACCCAAAAGCAAAGGAGAAGAGAGUUGAGAAGUGGUGUCGUGAUGUCACGGAUGCUGUUGAUCAGACAUCCUCCAGCGUAACACCUCUGGCCGACAGGGAGACCGAGACAGGAUAA